UCAGUCUCCACAUCCAGCUCUGCUAACCUCGUUAAAGCGGCUAGUUAGAGGAGUUCACACCACAACCUGCUGAUAAACAAGAUACUUUUAACCAGUUAAAAAAGAGCCGUGGCUGUCCGGGUUUGUGCUGAUGUCAUUCUGCUUUAUUUUCAGUUUUGAUUAGCUGGCGUUAGCUAACGAGACUGAGCCUCCAAGUCACAGAUGGAACACUUACUUAGGUUUUUAUAGCGUUUUGUUUGGUUUUUCAGGCUGUUAAUGAGGGAUACACGGAUAUUUUAGCCAGUAGGCUUCAUUUGCAGGGGAUCCAGGAGAUCAGGUGAUCCAGGAGAUCCAGGUCCUGAGAGCCAACACUGAUGGAUACAUAAAGGUCCCUGAUGGAGGAAACCAAGAGGAAGAGCUCUGGGGAGGACUGUGGGGAGCGCGGCCUCCUCCACGCCUGGAAGGGCUACUCCUGCAGCAUCACCCCGGAGAGGCUGCACCUCCCUCGGCCCGUCCUCCAGGUCGCCCUGGGCUCCAGGCACGGCGUGCUGCUGCUGGAAGGAGGACAGGUGUACAGUUUUGGAGCGUUGUCAUGGAAACAGAGCCAGACAUCGGAGGCGGGGGAGCCGGUCCUGGAGAGCGCCCUGAGCGGGCAGCGGGUGCUGGCCGUGGCGGCCGGGAGCCUGCACAGCGGGGCGGUGACGGAGGACGGCGGCGUCCACAUGUGGGGGGACAACAGCGCGGGCCAGUGCGGCCUGUCGGCUCUCGCCACCGUCUCCAACCCCACGCCCGUGGCUCUGCUGGACUCGGACGGCGGCGCGGUGCAGACGGUGCCGGUGUUGGAGCUGGCCUGCGGGGAGAAGCACACGCUGGCGCUGUCGGCCCAGCGGGAGCUGUGGGCCUGGGGCAGCGGCUGCCAGCUCGGCCUCAACGCCAGCAUCUUCCCCAUCUGGAAACCCCAGAAGGUGGAGCUCCUGGCCGGGAGGUCCGUCCUGCAGGUGGCCUGCGGGGCGUCCCACAGCCUGGCCCUGGUGCGAUGCCCCGGCCCGCAGGAGCUCCACCGCCCGCCCGUGGACAAAUGCACCCAGUGUAACCAGCUGCUCUACACCAUGACGGACAAGGAAGACCACGUCAUCAUCUCGGACGGCCACUGCUGCCCGCUCGGCGUGGAACCCACCGAGGAAGAGGACAGGCUGGAGACGCCGGCUCCCUCCAGCCUGAAGACAUCCCCCUCUGAGCCGGUGCUCCCGUCCCAGUCCGGCUCCAACUCCCCCGCCCCGGCUGCAGCCGCCGACGCCUCUGACGCCUCCCAGACCCGGGAGUCUGAAGGAAGAGAGAAGUCUUUGGCGAAUGGCGUGCACCCGGCCCCUGACCCGGACGCCUCGGCUCAGUCCAAAGGUGCCGGCGUCAAGAGUUCCCCGUACCCAGACGAGCGGGCGGUGAAGGAAUACCUGAGGAAGCUGUCAGACAGCUCGCAGGUGGACACCAAGACUGGAGCGCUGCACGCUCUGCUGCCGUCAUCCGGAGGCCCCGGCUCCUCCACCCUCAACAGCCUGGUGGCGUCCUGCGCCUCGGCGGUGGGCGAGCGGGUCGCCUCCACCUACGAGGCCUUGUCUCUCAAAAAGAUGAUGAACUUCUACCUGCCGUCGGGCGCUGCGAGGCCUGGUUGCUCGGACGGGGUCGUAGUGGGGGAUACCUCCGCUGAGCGCGUCCGCCAGGAGGACUCGAUGCAGGGGAAGAAGAGCUCCAGCACGGGGGACAUCCACGAGGAAGAGGCGGAGGGUGUGCGGCGCCGCCUGUCGCUGCCAGGACUCCUCUCACAGGGUAGAUACGCCGUUCACCUCUUAUCCUCCUCCUAUACGGUGCUGCUUUCGCCGCGGCUGCUGAGGAAAGCCGGUCGCCCCCGGAUACGAGCCCUCCCCCUCACCCCGAUGGGAGGGGGGGUCCCCGAGGACAAGGAGGUGUUCCCCACCCUGCAGACAGAGGUGUGGAGCUGGGGACACGGCGAGCACGGCCAGCUGGGCCACGGAGACAACCUGGCCAGGCUGCAGCCGCUCUGCAUCAAGAGCCUGAACAACAAGGAGGUGAUCCGGGUGGUGGCCGGCGCCCACCAUUCCCUGGCCCUGACGGCACAGUCUCAGGUGUUCUCGUGGGGCAGAAACAGCUCCGGUCAGCUGGGACACAUGGAGACUCCCAGCACGGUCCCCCGCCUCGCCAAGCUGUCGGAGGGGAUCCGGGUCUGGGACGCCAGUGCCGGGGAGAGACACACCGUCCUGCUGGCAGACGGAGACUGCAUCCAGCCCAUCCUCUACUACAGCGGGGAGCAGGUGAAGGGGGGGGAGCCUGGCCGGCGGGAUGGAGGAGAGACGGAGGAGCAGCAGACGGGAGGCACCCAGCAGCCGGUCCUGCUGCCUUUCUGCAUGAACCUGGGUUACGUUAGCAGUGUGUUCGCUGGCGGCCAGAGGUGCAUGGCGCAGUCAGAUAGGAAUGUAAUGGGCUUCAUCGCUAGCUUCCACGAGCUGGCGUCAGCAGAGAGGAAGUUCUACUGCAAGCUGUGCGACGUCAAGUCUCAGAUCGUGCGCCCCCUUCUGGAGCUGGAGUCUCUGAGCUCGGCGCUCGGCCCGGCGUCCUUCGCGCUCCUGCAGACGUUGGCAGGUCAGUUCAGUCUUCUGUGUCACGUGACCGGCCAGCACGCCGCCAGCCUCACCGCCAAUCUGCGCCGUGGCCGCGACGUCCAGAGUCUGCUCAUCCUGGACCACGCCAGCAUCUUCCUCGACUCCUACAAUGAUUACUGCAGCGCUGUGGGAAACUUCCAGGUGAUGGGCGGCUUCCACGCUCUCACUAAACCAUCUCUAGACCUCUUUGGGAAAAGUCCUGAGUUGCUGCAGAGGCUGUCGGAGUGCAGCGAGGAGAACGCUGCCGCAGCCGAGCUCCUGGUAGCGCUCUUUUACCUUCCGCUCGGCCACCUUCACGAAUACGGCCGGCUGCUGCUCAAACUGGCCACCUGCUUCGAGGUGAGCUCCAGCGACUACCAGAAACUGCAGGACAACUGCUCCAAGUUCGAAGCUCUGACCGUCCAGCUGAAGAGGAAAAGGAAAGAGGCCGACUACACCUUUCACUUCUGGAAGAGCUUCCCCGGCAAGAUGACGGACUCGCUCCGGAAGCCUCAGCGCCGGCUGAUCUGCGAGAGCAGCAACAAGGCCCUGACCCUGCAGAACGCCGGCAGGUUCUCCGUCAACUGGUUCAUACUCUUCAACGAUGCUCUGGUGCACGCGCAGGGCGUGGCGCCUUGUAAGAAUCUUUUCUCCACCCAUCACAUCUUCCCUUUAACCACGCUGUGGGUAGAGCCGGUCUCCGAGGAGGACACUGGCGUACAUGGGUUAAAGGUGAUCACUCCUGAGGAGACGCUGACUCUCCUGGCCUCGGCUCCCAUGGAGAAGACCAAGUGGCUUCGCGCCAUCAACCAGGCGGUGGAUCAGGCCCUGAGCGGGGCGGGACAGGAGAUCACGUCAGCCGGCUCGGGGCUGAAGUCGGAGCCUCCCCUCUCCAGGACGGCUUCCUACACUUUCUACAGAGACGGACGACUGAAGGAGGGCAAAUACGAAGGUCGCUGGCUUGCCGGCAAGCCCCACGGCAGGGGAGUGUUGAAAUGGCCUGACGGGAGAGUUUACACCGGGAUGUUCAAGACGGGACUGGAGGACGGCUUUGGAGAAUUUGUUUGUCCCAACAAGAUGUUCAGCAAGAACGAUCACUAUCAGGGCCACUGGAAGGAGGGCAGGAUGCACGGCCUGGGGACGUACCGGUAUGCCAGUGGUGAAGUCUACGACGGCUCCUUCCAGGACGGCGUGCGGCACGGCCACGGCAUGCUGCGCAGCGGCAAGCUCAACACCUCCUCCCCCAGCGUCUUCAUCGGCCAGUGGCUGCAGGACAAGAAGUCGGGUUACGGAGUCUUUGACAAUAUCACCAAAGGAGAGAAGUUCAUGGGCAUGUGGCAGGACCACCUGCGGCAGGGCACCGGGGUCGUCGUCACCCAGUUUGGUCUCUACUACGAAGGAAAUUUCAAAGACAAUAAAAUGCUGGGCACUGGGAUUCUUCUCUCAGAGGACGACACAGCGUACGAAGGCGAGUUUUCUGACGACUGGACCCUCACUGGAAAGGGUGUGCUGACCAUGGCCAACGGCGACUACUUUGAGGGCUCCUUCAGUGGCGAAUGGGGCUCCGGCCUCAAAGUGACGGGCACUUACUUUAAACCGCAUCUGUUCGACACCGACAAGGACAAGCCUCGAGUCGUGAAACUGGGCCGCCUGUGCGUGUCUGCGGAGGAGAAGUGGGACGCCGUGUUCGAGGAGUGCUGGAGGCAGCUGGGCUGCGAGGGAGCGGGACGAGGAGAGCACUGGAAGGCCUGGGAGAACGUCGCCGUGGCCCUCAGUGCUAGCCAGCAGCACAUACGGGACAGUCCGGAGAAGCUGUCUCGGAGUCAGAGUAAAAUCCUGGAGAGUCUGGAGGUCAUCCCGCAACACGUAGGACCCAUGACCAUGGAGAGAUACGGCAGCAUCCGGCUCUACCUCAUCCAGGCGUGCGACACCCCCCUGCACCCGCUGGGCCGGCUGGUGGAGACCCUGGUGGCCGUCUACAGGAUGACCUACGUGGGCGUCGGCGCCAACCGCCGACUCCUGCCGCAGGCUGUCAACGAGAUCAAGUCCUACCUCAACCGCAUCUUCCAGAUCGUCAGAUUUCUGUUCCCAGACGUGCCAGAAGAGGGCGGUCUCAUCCCCGAGCCGACCGCCAGCGUCCAGGACAAGCAGGAGCCGGAGUCUGCCGACGCCCCCCUGGACUCGCCCAAACCCGGCCGCGUGGUGAGCAGCUCGGCUCUGCUGCUGCCCGUCCUGCUGCCGCGCCUCUACCCGCCGCUCUUCACCCUCUACGCCCUGGAGAAGGAGAAGGAGGACGACGUGUACUGGGAGUGCGUCCUGCGGCUCAACAAGCAGCCCGACCUGGCCCUGCUGGCCUUCCUGGGCGUGCAGCAAAAGUUCUGGCCCGUUUCCAUCCCAGCGUCUUUGCUGACACCAGGGGAGAAGCAGAUGGUUAUUUCCAGCACUAAAGACGCUUGCUUUGCCUCUGCGGUGGAAACGCUGCAGCAGAUCAGCACGACGUUCACCCCGUCAGACAAGCUGCAGGUGAUCCAGCUCACCUUCGAGGAGAUCACACAGGAGGUCCAGUCGCUGCUGCAGCAGGACUUCCUGUGGUCCAUGGACGAGCUCUUCCCCGUCUUCCUCUACGUGGUGCUGCGAGCUCGAAUCAGGAACCUGGGGUCGGAGGUGAGCCUCAUCGAAGACCUGAUGGAUCCCUGCAUUCAGCACGGCGAGCACGGGAUCAUGUUCACCACCCUCAAGGCCUGCUACUACCAGAUCCAGCACGAGAAGGUCACAUAAGACGCCGGUGCCGCCUCUUCCUCCUCCCCUCCCUGCGGCCGCUCACAUCGUCACGGUGAAGCUCGAGGAAGCAGCAGAUCAUGUCAGCAGGUCCAUCUGCUGUUGUCAUGGAGACGGGAUGGGGACAUAUACACACACACACACACACAAACAAGACUCUGGCUCUUUAACUGACCUUCACCCACGUCUCACCGUUGUCAUGACGGUGCACAAGUGGAUGAUGUUUUUGCUGCUGGAUAUGAGCCGCUUUGCUCAAGAGGAUGAAGAAGGAUGGGGUUAAAAACCAAGAGGUUUACAGGUGUCGGUGCAAUCCGAGGACGCUGGACCUCAUUAUCUUCCUUCAAAAGAAUCGGUUCUUCAGUAUGUAACACAAGAAAUAGACGUAACAAGGGAGGAAUCCCCUUAAAAAAAAAAAAAAAGAAAAGAAAAAGUCAUGAGCUUCUUUAUCUGACACUGCUUUCUGUGCAGUGACCUGACAGGUUUUUAAACCACACCGCCCCCUGCUGGAGAUGUGGUGAGAGCUGGGUCCGCUGACUGCAGGAAAGUGACGUGGAACAAUAAAAAAAUGUCCAGAAAGAAUUGUUCCUGGCAAGAUGCUGCCAGGCGAGCGUCAGCGGGGAAUAUGAGGGAAUUUAGUUUGCUUUCUUCCAUCCAUCAUGCUGCUACUUUAGAGUGUUAGAAAAAACAUCCCAAUCAUUUCUAGAUCUAAAAACAGGCCGAUAUUUGGACUUUAUGAGAUCUUUUGAAGUGGAAGUAUCCAAACAAAGAAAGGAUCAUGCUUAUUGACCUUUUAGGGCAUCGUGACGGGAGUUGGAUGGAUUAACGUAGAGGAGCUGUCUUCCAUGUUAAAGGUUAGGUACCUCAAAUGGAAACAAUGGUUUUAUGUGUGUAUUUGGAUGUCGCAAAACCCCUAGUUUACAGAUAAACUUAACAGAAAACAGCUGAUAUACUAGUCUGACCAGCCGUCCUCAUUCUUUUCCUCUUCGGUACGAGGAAUUAGCAGCUUCAGUGGACGUUCUGGACAUCGUUCUGCAGCCAAUCAGACGUGAAGAUGUGACCAGAACGUCAGUGAAUCACCGUUCUAGUGUUAUUAGCAGAUCUGCAGAGGUCUUAGUAGUUAUGAAUCACAGCUCUUGGACGCUCCAGUUUGAGCCACCGCACAAAGCCCCUGCCGUGUUAUGAUUGGCUCGGUAUGCUCUGUACCGGUGGAAAUGGGAGUGGUGCUGAAAACAUCUCAGGAGAGAGGG